UAAAACUGCAGCACAUAAAAAUUGUCUAGAUAAGAAGUGUGUCUUUGGUAGGAGUGAAAUUCCGGUUGUAACACUUCAGGCACAAGGUUAUUUUGCGGAAAGCGAUCACAUUCGACCUUGUCAAAGACUUUUUAUUCGAAAUUAUGCUUGCUCGUCAAGAACUCUCCCCUCUUGGUUAUAAUUUUUGUUAAUAACACAAUAACAGUACUGGCAAGUAGUAACAUUAGUAGCCACUGUAUAGUCACCGUUCACUCGUCAGGUUUCUCUCGUUCUCAGCCAGCGCGUAGUAUAUGGCAGAAUUAAAGUUGUUUUGGUGUAGUAAAUCUGUAUGGCCACACUAAUAACAAUGGAAAAUAAUGUAAUGUGAAAGUGUGAAAAACAGUAAUUGUUAAUGUGUAUCAUUUAAUUAACGGAAAGGAGUAUAUCUCAAGUGUCAUCUUUUUACAUAGAUCCAAAUUAAACAGGAAAGCUGAUAAUAGAGACAAUUGCAUACAGUGUAUUUGCAAAAUAUUAUUUUUUUGUUGCUGUUAACGAGGAAGAUUAGCAUUGUACAACAAUGAAAGGCUGGUUUGAUGCCUUUCGAAGCGAUGGAGGACCAACACUUUACAAUUUCAAUAAUCGGACAGCUGUUACCGGCGAUGUCACUCUUAUAUCAUUUAUCACCAUUUUCUGUACGAUAUAUGUAGCUUUUUUAAUUAUUUACCCUGGAAUUAGAAAAGAAAGAUUUUCAACCUUCUAUACAGUAACACUGAAUUUAUUUGUUGGAGCAACUAUUUUAGUGUCCCUAUAUGGUUCUGGUUGGCAUGUAGGUAAGACAUCCAUAAUCAGUACAUACAGAGCAUUUUCAAGGGAGAAGGUCGCCGCCGAUUUGGGUGUUUACAUUGGACUUAACCAUGUCAAUGUUACUUUACAAGCAUCGCCAGCAUCCAACUGGACUUCUGAUAUAGAAUUCAACGAAAGAUUCGAUUGGAAAUCAGCAGAUAAACUGGAAAGUAAUUUUCGAGAAGCUAUAACGCGAGGUCUUCCAUUUCCUAUUCUCACCGUAGUUGAAUACUUUAGUUUAGGCCAAGAGGGCUUAUCGUGGGGUGGACAGUACAGAAUAGCUGGAUAUUACGCCACAAUUAUGCUUUGGACCUCCUUCACCACAUGGUUAUUAAUGAACAUGUUACUAGCUGCAGUCCCCAGGUAUGGAGCCAUGUUAAUGACCAUUUGUGGUCUAUUACUUAUUAGUACAGUUUUUGGGUACAUACAGAUGUUACCAGAAAACCCUCUAGUGAUACAUAUUGAAGGUAGCACGAUAGAUUUCCAAUUGGGAUGGUGUUGUUGGUUAAUUUUAGCUGCAGGAACGAUUUGCUUAAUAUCUGGUUUGAUAAUAACAGCAAUCGAAAUUUUUUAUCCUCACAGUUUUUCCACCAUUUUGGAAGUGAAUUAUGAUACGCCAUACGAUCGCCACAUUCUAAUCGAAGAUAGUCAUGGAAAACGAUUUCAGAAGAAGAGAUCAAGCAGCGGAAAAUUGGAAGAAACAGAAAAUUUCGGUACAAGAAUUCUAAGGAGGUUAUCAUCAAAAACCCGUGACGAUAAAGUUCCUGAGAAGAAAACUGCCGACAACCAAGUUUUUGAAAUGGAUACUCCUCAAUCGCCGUGGAUAUAUCAGAUACCUAGAACUACUAUGUCUACUCCAAACGUGAGAUAUCCUGCGUCUUCUAAAUCAUACACAGAAAUAUCUUUGCCAUAUAGUGUACCUGCAAGCAGAGAUAUUCAAAGGGGAGAUUUACCAAGGUUAACAACCAAAAAGCUCUUCACUGGGAUGGAAUCAUUGGACUAAUCUAUUAAAGAUGAUAUAAUCGUAAGUAAUCUCGUUCACUUAGGUCCAUUUUCCAAAUUUUAAAAUAAAAUGUACUAAUGUUUGAAUUGUAACUUUAAGUUAUUUUACCACAAAUAUUAGGCAUGAGUAAACAAAGGAAGGAGGCAGAUUUUAAUUAACAGUUUCUGUGAUUUUGAUAUAGUAACUAGAACAAUAUAAA